AUGGCCACAGUUGUGAAGCUCCACCUCUUUCCUGAAAGUUUGAACCGACACAGAACGAGGUUGCUGGGGAGGGGCUUUGGCUUGUGCCCUUCUCCUGGGGUGCUUGGUUUUGGUCAUAAUUGUGAUGGGUUCUCUGUGAGACAGUGCAGGGCUUUCAGGACUGAAGAUGAUGGGGAUGUGAAGGAGAAAAAGUCUCGAAAUUUGAAGAAAAAUGAAGUUAAUUCCAAAGGGGAAAAUGGGUUUUGGAGUUCCCUCAAGUCUAUCUUGUUGAGGAAUUUCAUGGUGGGUUCAAAAUCAGAUGAUGAGUAUCGCCAAGCUGUGGUGAAGGUGGAGGGUUUGCUAUCCUCGAUUGCCAUUCAAAUUGGAAGGUAUAUUGUGACUAUGAUGAGCACUGGGGUCAUCCUUUCAAUUGGAUUUCAGAUGUCAGGUGGAGACAGUCAGAUGGAUGCAUUGAUAUGGUACAGUUGGCUAGGAGGAGUAAUUAUUGGAACAAUGAUAGGUGCUAACAUGGUGUUGGAGGAACAUUGUCGUGCAGGUCCGCGUAAUGUUGUCAUAACAGGGAGUACAAGGGGGUUGGGUAAAGCCUUGGCUCGGGAGUUUCUUCUUUCUGGAGAUCGUGUGAUUGUUACCUCUCGAAGUCUCGAGUCUGUGCAAGCAACUGUUAAAGAGCUUGAGGAAAAUCUAAAGGAAGGCAUUGCCAAUGCAGUUGGUUCAUCGCUGACAAAGCUUUCUCAUGCGAAAGUGGUAGGCAUUGCUUGUGAUGUUUGUGAGCCUCAUGAUGUGCAGAGAUUAGCUGACUUUGCUGUCAAAGAACUUGGUUAUGUUGACAUUUGGAUAAAUAAUGCCGGAACAAAUAAGGGUUUUAGACCAUUGCUUCAAUUUAGUGACGAAGAUAUCAAACAGAUUGUCUCAACAAAUUUGGUUGGAUCUAUCCUUUGCACACGAGAAGCCAUGCGUGUGAUGAGAAACCAAGCCAAUGCAGGUCACAUUUUUAACAUGGAUGGUGCGGGUUCUGGAGGCUCUAGCACACCUUUGACUGCUGUAUAUGGUUCUACAAAGUGUGGCCUUAGGCAACUUCAAGGAUCACUUUUAAAGGAGUGCAAGCGAUCCAAUGUAGGUGUCCAUACAGCAUCUCCAGGCAUGGUUCUUACAGAUUUGCUUUUAAGUGGCUCUACUGUCCAAAACAGGCAGAUGUUUAACAUCAUCUGUGAGCUUCCUGAAACUGUUGCUAGAACAUUAGUUCCACGAAUGCGGGUUGUCAAGGGAACAGGCAAAGCCAUCAAUUACUUAACCCCUCCCAGAAUCUUACUUGCUUUGGUCACUGCCUGGUUAAGGCGAGGUCGCUGGUUUGAUGAUCAGGGAAGAGCAUUGUAUGCAGCUGAGGCAGACCGACUUCGCAAUUGGGCCGAAGAUCGGGCCCGGUUUUCUUUCACUGAUGCAAUGGAAAUGUACACGGAGAACACCUGGUUAUCAGUCUUCUCACUUUCAGUUGUGUGUGCCUUCAUAAUUCUUUCCAGCACAGGCAACAAUAUGCCUGGCACAUGA